AGUGGCGCGCGCCACUUGAUCGCAGAAGAAAUUUCAACACCCAUGCACCCAAGGUGCAGCGUCCAGGAUGUGCGUGUCUGCCGUGGCGGCGGGGCCCCGAGACACGUCCCUCUCCUAGGUCCUAGCUAGUAGUCUCCAUCAGGUCAGCAUAUAUCUGGCUCGGCCUCAGAAGGGACAGCCAAAUCCAGGCUCGGGCGGAGAGAGGGACGGAGAUGAGGCCUGCGUCGAGCUGUUCUUGCCGCCAUGGCUCCGAGCUCCCCAAGCUGCUGGCGCUGCUGCUGCUUCUAACCGCAUCUGCGCAGGCGCAGCAAGCAACGACAAGGACCGAUCCGGUUGAAGCGGCGGCGGUGAACGCUGUGUUCGCCAAGCUCGGCCAGACGGCGUCGUCGGCAUGGAACAUCAGCGGCGACCCCUGCACCGGCGCCGCCACGGACGGGACCAACAUCGACACCGACCCAAACUUCAACCCGGCAAUCAAGUGCGAAUGCUCCGGCCAGAACAACACCGUCUGCCACGUCACAAAGCUGAAAAUAUAUGCGCUGAAUGCAGUUGGUGUGAUACCAGAAGAACUACAGAACCUCACACGCCUAACUAAUCUGAACUUAGGACAAAAUUACUUAACAGGGCCUUUACCAUCGUUCCUUGGGCAAUUGACCGCUAUGCAGUAUAUGAGUCUGGGCAUCAAUUCGUUAUCCGGAUCUGUUCCAAAGGAGCUUGGGAACCUUACCAAUCUAGUAUCCCUGUCAUUUAGCUCAAACAGUUUAAAUGGUUCCCUUCCGUCGGAACUAGGGAACUUGGUUAAACUUGAGCAACUGUAUAUUGAUAGCGCCGGCUUAAGUGGUCCCUUACCAUCAUCGCUUUCCAGGCUUACAAGAAUGAAAACAUUGUGGGCAUCAGAUAAUGAUUUUACUGGGCAAAUACCAGAGUAUAUUGGGAGCUGGGCUAAUUUAACAGAACUGCGGUUUCAAGGCAAUUCGUUUCAAGGUCCACUUCCAACCACUCUGUCUAAUCUCGUCCAACUAACAAGCUUGAGAAUAGGUGACAUAGUCAAUGGGAGUUCUUCACUGGUAUUCAUCAGUAAUAUGACAUCUUUGAACACCUUAAUUUUGAGGAAUUGCAGGAUAUCUGAUAACUUGGCAUCAGUGAACUUUUCACAACUUGCAAAUUUAAACUUACUGGAUUUGAGUUUUAACAAUAUCACAGGCCAAGUACCCCAAGCCCUGCUGAAUCUGAAUUCACUCAACUUCUUAUUUCUAGGGAAUAACAGCCUUUCAGGAAACCUACCAAACUCUAUAGGAACUUCUCUUAAAAACAUAGACUUCUCUUACAACCAGCUCUCAGGAAGCUUUCCUUCUUGGGCUAGUCAGAAUAUGGAAUUGAAUUUAGUGGCAAACAAUUUCGUGAUCAGUAGCCCCAAUAACAGUGUCUUACCUGGGGGCCUGGAGUGCCUUCAGCGAAAUACACCCUGUUUUCUUGGCUCUCCAAUGUCCUCCUCCUUUGCUGUGGACUGUGGGAGCAGUAGAUCAAUAUUUGGCUCAGAUAAUUCCAUGUAUCAGCCUGACAACGCCAAACUUGGACCUGCAUCUUAUUAUGUAACCGGAGAUCCAACAUGGGGUAUUAACAAUGUUGGGAAGUUUAUGGAGGCAUCAAAUAAUAGUUACAUAAUCUACAGCUCACGCCAGUUUCAGAGUACUCUAGAUUCAGAACUGUUCCAGACAGCAAGGAUGUCACCGUCAUCUUUAAGAUACUAUGGUUUUGGACUUGAGAAUGGAAAUUAUACUGUCACACUUCAAUUUGCAGAGUUUGACUUCGAAGACUCACAGACCUGGAAGAGUGUAGGUAGAAGGGUUUUUGAUAUCUAUGUACAGGGUGAGCGUAAGGAGCAGAACUUUGACAUAAGAAAGGCAGCAGGCGGGAAAUCUUACACUGCUGUCAAGAAGCAAUAUAUAGUUCCUGUCACCAGAAACUUCCUUGAGAUUCAUCUUUUCUGGGCUGGCAAGGGCACUUGUUGCAUCCCUAGUCAAGGCUACUAUGGGCCAGCAAUAUCAGCUUUGAGUGCAACUCCAAAUUUCAAACCUACAGUUCGUAGUGCUGCACAGAAGAAGAGUAGCAACAAAACAGGUAUAGUUGUUGGAGUUGUGAUUGGUGCAGCAGUUUUAGUGCUAGUAGCACUUGCUGGACUCUGUAUGUGGAGGCAGAAAAGGAGGAAACUAGCAUUGGAGCAACAAGAGCUGUACAGUAUUGUCGGAAGACCUAAUGUACUCAGUUACGGUGAACUAAGGACUGCUACUGAAAAUUUCAGUUCAAGUAACCUUCUUGGCGAAGGAGGAUACGGAUCAGUUUAUAAGGGUAAAUUACCCGAUGGAAGGGUGGUGGCUGUGAAACAGCUAUCUGAAACAUCUCGUCAGGGGAAAAAAGAAUUUGCAACUGAAAUAGAAACUAUUUCUCGAGUGCAACACCGGAAUCUCGUUAAGUUGUAUGGUUGCUGCCUUGAGGGCAAUAAACCACUGUUGGUUUAUGAGUACCUGGAGAAUGGAAGCCUUGAUAAAGCAUUAUUUGGAAGUGGGAGACUGAGGCUGGACUGGCCAACACGCUAUGAGAUAUGCUUGGGCAUUGCAAGAGGUCUUUCUUAUCUCCACGAAGAGUCUGCCAUCCGUGUCGUACAUAGGGACAUAAAGGCUAGUAAUGUCUUACUUGACGCCAAUCUUAACCCUAAGAUCUCCGAUUUUGGGCUCGCCAAACUUUAUGAUGACAAGAAGACACAUGUCAGCACAAAAGUUGCUGGUACAUUUGGUUAUCUUGCACCUGAGUACGCCAUGAGAGGUCAUAUGACUGAGAAAGUUGAUGUAUUUGCAUUUGGCGUGGUCGUUUUGGAGACUUUAGCUGGAAGGCCAAACUUCGACAAUACUCUUGAUGAAGAUAAGGUUUACAUUUUAGAAUGGGUCUGGCAAUUGUACGAGGAAAACCACCCUCUGGACAUGUUAGACCCCAAGCUUGCUGAUUUCAACGGUGACGAGGUGCUCCGCGCCAUCCACGUCGCCCUGCUCUGCACCCAGGGCUCGCCCCACCAGCGGCCGUCCAUGUCGCGGGUUGUAUCCAUGCUGUCUGGAGACGUGGAGGUGGGUGAGGUGGUGAACAAGCCCAGCUACAUCACCGAGUGGCAGAUUAAGGGCGGCAACACCAGCAGCUUCAUGAGCAGCAACGUUAGCGGGCAGUCGAGCUUGGCCCCAAGGGCGGCCUCGUCGCACACCUCGUCGCCUUUCAUGAGCUCCGUCAUUGAAGAAGGCCGGUGAUUAUACAUCACAAACGCUCUCAGGAUAUUCAGCUUUUGCACAUAUAUUGUGUUAGAUCACGUGCUGUGUUCGACUGUUGCUUCGGCUUAGAUCUUUUUCUUUUCCGAGUAAAAAGUUUUUGGUUUAUUUCAACGUGUGCAGUUUGAUUUUUGUAUCCAUGAUCAAAUGAUGAUGCUGGUGGGUUUGGUCUAUUUGGAUGUGUGUAUAUCAUUUGCAAGAUCCAAAUCAUGUUAUUAGCAAAAUUAUUACU